AUGAGUCCUUCGAAGUUCAAGGCCAUGUUGAUUGUGUUCUUUGAUGUCAAGGGUAUCGUGAUGGCAGAGUUGUUUCCCAGCGGCCAGACGAUAAACCAGCUAUAUUAUAUUCAUGUUUUUGACGACACUGCGCGAACGUAUUUAGCUCUCUGCGACUUCUACCUGUUCCCAAAGAUAAAGUCCAUGCUGAAAGGAACACAUUUGUCUGUGGAAGAGGUGAAAGCAAACAGGACGAAACUCCUUGGCAGCAUUACACAAGAUGACCUACGGAAUUGCUUUGAAAUGUGGAAGCAUCGUAUGCAGUUGUGUGUCAACUCAGAAGGGAACUAUUUUGAAGGCGAUCAGAGUUGA